AUGGCCGACCCCGAGAAGCAGGGACCCGCUGAGAGCCGCGCCGAAGACGAGGUAAUGGAGGGCGCUCAGGGUGGCGAGGAUGCGGCAACCGGCGACAGUGCCGCUGCGCCCGCGGCCGAGGAGCCUCAGGCUCCCGCGGAGAAUGCGCCCAAGCCCAAGAACGAAUUUAUCGAGAGCCUGCCCAAUUCCGUCAAGUGCCGAGUCCUGGCGCUCAAAAAGCUGCAGAAGCGCUGCGAUAAGAUCGAGGCCAAAUUUGACAAGGAGUUCCAGGCUCUGGAGAAGAAGUACAACGACAUCUACAAGCCCCUGCUUGCCAAGAUCCAGGAGCUCACCGGAGAGAUGGAGGGCUGCGCGUGGACCCUGGAGGAAGAUGAUGACGACGACGAGGAGGAAGAGGAUGAGGAGGAGGAGGAGGAGGAAGAAGAGGCGGCUGGCGCGACUGGGGGUCCUGACACCGGCAAGAAGUGAACACAGCAGCUGACAGGUGAUAAAUCCCCUGCCCCUUUUAUUUCCGAUGUCGGCAGACUUUAAAAGGCUCAGGUUUUGCCCAAAAUACAUGUGAAUCUAUUCUGACAUUCCUAAAUUUAAAUUGAAUCAAGUAGAUUUUGGCUAGCCCGUUUCUAAUCUGACUUUUAUUUGUGUAAAACAGAUGCCAAAAGACGUUUUUAAGAAAAGGCUAAUUAA